GCCUGUCAAGCAACUCAUCAUCAUCAUUCCCUCCACUUCUAUCUUUCUCUUUUAUCACACAGAAUUCGCCGUUUCUCGGAAUUCUUUUGUUUUUCUUUCAGUAUUCUUGAGGACCCAUCUUUUUGGGGGAUUUUUCGCUUUAGUUGAGUUGUUAGAUUGGAUCUGUUAGUAUUCGUUUCAAGUUGGCUCUUCAAAUUCUACAACCAGAGAUAAAAAGAAGGUUGAGUUUGUGAAUCUACAACGUUAUACUAGUUGCAGGAACAAUAUGGCUGUUUCAAUGAAAAACUUAGAUCCGGCAUUCCAGGGUGCCGGACAGAAGGCUGGUACUGAGAUAUGGCGAAUUGAGAAUUUUCGUCCUGUUCCAGUCCCAAAAUCUUCACACGGGAAAUUUUGCACUGGAGAUUCCUAUGUGAUUUUGAAGACCACAGCCUUAAAAACUGGUGCCCUACACCACGAUAUUCAUUAUUGGCUCGGAAAAAGCACCAGUCAGGAUGAAGCCGGUACUGCAGCGAUCAAAACUAUCGAGCUAGAUGCCGCACUGGGUGGGCGUGCUGCUCAAUACCGAGAAGUGCAAGGUCACGAAACAGAGAAGUUCCUUUCUUAUUUCAAGCCAUGCAUAAUACCUCAAGAAGGUGGAGUCGCCUCAGGCUUCAAGCACGCCGAGGCCGAAGAACACCAGACUCGUCUGUUUGUAUGCAAGGGAAAACACGUUGUUCAUGUGAAAGAGGUGCCUUUUGCUCGAUCCUCACUCAACCACGACGACAUUUUCAUUCUUGAUACAAAGUCUAAAAUAUAUCAAUUUAAUGGCUCUAACUCUUGCAUUCAAGAGAGGGCUAAAGCUCUGGAAGUUGUUCAGUACAUUAAAGAUACUUAUCAUGAUGGAAAAUGUGAAAUAGCAGCUAUCGAUGACGGGAAAUUGAUGGCUGAUGCUGAUACUGGAGAAUUUUGGGGAUUCUUUGGUGGCUUUGCUCCACUCCCAAAGAAAUCCUCCUCCGACGAACCCAAGAGUAACAAUGCAGCUCCAUCUAAGCUAUUCCGGAUCGAGAAAGAAGAGAAAAUAACUAUCGAGGCUGAUACCUGGACAAGAGAUUUACUGGACACAUAUUAUUGCUAUAUCCUUGAUUGUGGUAGUGAAAUCUUUGUUUGGAUGGGAAGAAAUACUUCUCUUGAUCAAAGGAAAGCUGCAAGUAAUGUUGUUGAUGAAUUACUGAAUAGUGAAGAUAGACAAAAAAUUCACGUGCUUCGUGUGAUUGAGGGGUUUGAGACAGUGAUGUUUCGCUCAAAGUUUAACUCAUGGCCCCAGACGAACAGUGUGGCUGUGUCUGAAGAUGGUAGAGGAAAAGUUGCAGCACUUCUGAAGCGGCAAGGGAUUAACGUGAAGGGUCUCCUCAAGGCAGAAACGCCCAAGGAAGAACCUCAACCUCAUAUAGACUGCACCGGGAAUUUACAGGUUUGGCGUGUCGAAGGUGAACAAAAAACUCUUCUCUCAGCUUCUGAUCUAUCCAAGUUCUACAGUGGAGAUUGCUAUAUUUUCCAAUAUUCUUAUCCUGGUGAAGAGAAAGAAGAGCAACUAAUAGGCACCUGGAUCGGGAAGCUCAGUGUCGAGGAAGAUAGGGCAUCGGCGACUUCGCAGGCAACCAAGAUGGUCGAGGCUCUCAAAUUCCUACCCACUCAGGCUCGCAUCUAUGAAGGAAGUGAACCAAUCCAGUUCUUUGCGAUAUUUCAGAUCUUUAUCGUCUUCAAGGGCGGUCUUAGUAAGGGCUACAAGAAUUACCUAGCCGAGAAGGAACUUCCUGAUGAUACAUACAAGGAGGAAGGACUCGCAUUAUUUCGGGUUCAGGGAAGUGGACCUGAAAAUAUGCAAUCAAUUCAAGUCGAACCAGUGGCUUCUUCAUUGAAUUCCUCCUACUGCUACAUACUGCAUAGCGGGCCCACUGUGUUUACAUGGUCGGGGAGUCUCACAACACCCGAAGCCCAGGAACUUGUCGAAAGGCAGCUGGAUCUUAUAAAGCCAAACACGCAGUCCAAACUGCAGAAGGAAGGUGCUGAGUCCGAGCAGUUUUGGGACUUGUUAGGCGGAAAGUCAGAAUACCCGAGCCAGAAGCUUGCUAGAGAAGCAGAGAGCGAUCCUCAUCUAUUCUCGUGCACCUUGACAAAGGGAGAUCUCAAGGUGACGGAGGUGUACAACUUUGACCAGGAUGAUCUGAUGACCGAAGAUAUAUUCAUUCUCGACUGCCAUGCCGAUACUUACGUUUGGGUUGGGCAACAAGUGGACACGAAGAAUAAGUUAAAUGCUUUAAGUAUCGCAGAUAAAUUUGUGGAGCGUGAUUUUCUUCAUGAGACAUUAUCACUUCAAGCUCCAGUGUAUAUUGUUAUGGAAGGAGGCGAACCACCAUUUUUCACGCGUUUUUUCUCUUGGGACUCCUCAAAAUCUGCAAUGCACGGUAAUUCUUUCCAGAGAAAGUUUAGAAUCCUUAAGAACGGAGGCGCUCCGCUGUUGGAUAAACCCAAAAGGAGAACUCCGGUCUCGUACGGGGGGAGGUCUGCUGCACCAGAGAAAUCACAGCGUUCAAGAAGCAUGUCAUUUAGCCCCGAGAGAGUUCGUGUACGAGGCAGAUCUCCGGCAUUCAAUGCUCUGGCUGCGAAUUUUGAGAACGCCAAUGCAAGAAAUAUGUCAACUCCUCCAAUGGUAAGAAAGGUAUAUCCCAAGUCUGUGACACCUGAUUCUGGGAAAAACGCCCCGAGAUCGUCAUCUAUAGCUGCCUUGAGUUCGAGUUUCGAACAACCGCCACCUGCUCGUCAAGUCUUAUUACCUCGUUCGAAUAAAGCGAGCCCCGAGGCACCUAAACCUAAGCCCGAGCCACUAUCAAGGCAGAACUCCGUAGAACCGAGCCCAAAGACUAAGCCAGAACCCAUACAGGAAGAUGUGAAGGAAAUUGAAGCUGAGGACGAGGAAGGACUCACUGUGUAUCCCUAUGAGCGUCUCAAGACGACGUCGACCGAUCCUGUCUCCGACAUUGAUCUGACAAAACGAGAGACGUAUCUGUCCUCGGCCGAGUUCAAAGAGCAGUUUGGGAUGUCGAAGGACGCCUUUUACAAGCUUCCUAAAUGGAAACAGAAUAAGCUAAAGAUGUCGCUCCAUUUAUUCUGAACACCCUCCCCCGACUUAUAUGGUUGCAAAUUCUUACGGUAUUUUUAUCUCUCCGUAUGCUUGCCAGAUGCGGUCUUCGUUUCAGGCGCUGUUGCAAUAUGCCAAUAUUUAUAGGCGUUUCGAGUUUCUAAGGGGGGACGACUCUGUCGUCUGCGAUUCUUCCAUGCCUGAUAUGAAUAGUUGGAUUUUUCGUGUUUGUGAUUUAAUUUUUUUGAUAUUCUUUUCGGUCCCAGGUUUGUUGUGAGCUUGCAGUUUUUAUUUUUAUUUAGGUUUGUAUUUUUUGGGGUAACUUCUUGUUGAUUGUGUUUUUCAUUAUUUUCGGCUAUUGAUUAUGAGGAGAGUGAGUGGUUAGAAACCUUGCAAAUGCAGAGUUUUUAAAUUUUAGGAUAUGUAGUGACCAAUUAUGUCAAGUGUGUACAGUUUUUAUGUAAACCACAAAUCACUGAUUAUUUUACUGCCCAAUAAAAUAUGUGUGUUUUCGUUUA